CUCCCACACCCCACACCCACGCACCCUGCGCACUACGCACUACACCAGCACGCGCACCACGUUCUGUACUUUAAGCAAGAAGAACAUGGCCGCUAGUGGGGUGUUCAUCGUUGGUGCAAAGAGGACAGCAUUUGGGUCUUUCGGGGGAUCGUUGUCCCGUUUGAGCGCUACCGAUCUGGCGGUGGCCUCUUCUAAGGCUGCCCUGGUAUCAGCAGGCAUCGGCCCUGAUUUGAUUGAUGCCACCUUCGUGGGAAAUGUCAUCCAGACAAGUCCGGAUGCAUGCUACCUGUCCAGACACGUCGCUCUAAAAGUUGGGGCCCGGGUGGAGACUCCCGCCCUCACAGUAAACCGCUUGUGCGGCAGCGGCUUCGAGACCGUCGUUCAGGGAGCCGAGGCGAUCCAGCUUGGCAAGGCCUCCGUUGCGUUGUGCGCAGGUGCAGAAAAUAUGAGUUCAGCACCUCUGGUUGUCGCUGGGAACGAUGCAAGGUGGGGUGUCGCUUUGGGGAGUGGUCUGAAGAUGGAAGACAGUUUGUGGGCUGGCCUCACGGAUUCGUAUGCUGGGCUGCCCAUGGGAAUGACGGCUGAGAACUUGGGGGAUAAGUACGGCAUCACAAGGGAGCAAUGUGAAGAGUACUCCGUCCUCUCGCAGACGCGGUGGAGCUCAGGUAAUGCCAACGGGGCGUUCACCGAGGAAAUGGCGCCUAUCGAGGUCAAGACCAAGAAGGGGCCAAAGGUGAUGGAUACGGACGAACACCCACGACCAAGUUCAGUGGAGAAAAUGGCUGCGCUCCGUCCGGUCUUCAAGAAAGAUGGCGUUGUAACCUCAGCAACCGCCUCCGGUAUCUGCGAUGGAGCUGGGAGCCUGCUGCUCGCAGGAGAAUCGGCCGUCAACCAGAAACAGUUGACGCCCCUAGCACGUGUGGUGGCGACGCACGAGGUUGGGUGCGACCCCGCUAUCAUGGGCAUCGGCCCCGUCAAUGCUAUCCGCGGCGCUCUACAGAAGGCGGGACUUACGCUAGCCGACAUGGACCUCGUGGAGGUCAACGAAGCAUUUGCAGUUCAAUACUUGGCCGUAGAGAAGGAGCUGGGGUUGGAGCGUGGCAAGACUAACACCAACGGCGGCGCCAUCGCGCUGGGGCAUCCACUCGGAGCAUCUGGGAGUCGGAUUAUGGCGCACCUCACCCACGAGCUUCGUCGCAAAGGAUUGAAGUACGGAGUAGGGGCAGCUUGCAUUGGCGGGGGACAGGGAAUCGCUGUCGUCAUUGAAAAUGUUGCCUAGAACGGCGCUGG